UCCAAUGUUUAGAUGUGAAACUCUAGUUUUAGUGUUUGAAAGCUUUAUCCUAUUUUUACGAUUGGAAGUUGAAUCAUUGUAGUAUAUAUCUAAUAGUUUAAUGCUCAACUGUAAUGCAUGCAAUGUUUUUAUAACGUUUAUCUGAGGGGACUGACAUUUUGACAUUUCACAGCUGGAAAACUUACAGAAUGUCCUCUAAAAACACCCAAAAAAGGUUUUAUGUAAAAGACCAUAUUCUCCCAGUGGAAGAAGAUAGUCAAAAUGAAUUUAAAGGACAUAGAAAUUUUGCUGUUGAAGAAGUUCCAGACUGGUGCUGGAUUCCAGGAACUGACAGGAGAUCUAGGAAAGCAGUAUCUAGAAACAUAAAUGCAUUUUUGAAUACUGGAAAAGGAGGUGUCAUAUACCUUGGCAUUGUCGAUGAAGGCAAAGUUAAAGGGAUUCCACUAUGUGAUUACCAGAAAGACCACAUAUUUGUGUCUAUGAAAGACCUCAUGUCUCGGUAUACCCCACAAGUGCCAGAAAAUAAAUACAAGAUUGAAAUUGUUCCAGUAAUACCAAAAGAAGACAUGUGGAAAAGUGAUGUGACAAUUAAUAAAUCAAACAGUCCUAAAGUAGAUCCAAAUAGGUUAAAACCUCACUUGCUACGAACAUCAAAGUACUGCUGGUGUGAUGAAAUAGCCGCUGAAAAUUAUUCAAAGGGCAUAUUAUCCAAAGAAUAUGUGAUAGAAAUCACCAUUCAUCCCUUCACGGAACCAACAUUAACCUACAAYGAUGGCASUUACAAGAUUAAUCUACAUCCUGUGUAUCAAGAUGAGGAAGGGAGCUGUUACUUUAGACGACAAGCAAGUGUGGCCAAGUACAACCUUAGYGAGGUAGUAGAUCUUACUAUCCAUGAAAUCCAUGGUCUUUUUCUGAACAUGCUAGAAGACCUAAAGAAAGAAGCAAGCGAGUUAAAAGAACAAUUCCAAUCACAAAUAGGGAUUGCAGAUAGAUGAUUAUAGUCCUUACAUGUAGUAUAUUUUAUUGUAAAAUGUGUUUUUUAAUAAUUAUAUUUUGUAAA